UGUCACUUUUUCAACGGUAGCACAGCGAUGCUAAUGGUACAGUCUGCAGCGGCAGCUAUGCAGGUCUGAACCGAUUCAAACGGGCUAUGCAUUUAAUUGUUGAGAUGUAAAUAUUUCCUCAAAAAUGCAUAAAUUGCCAAUUUUGACACGGUAAUGAGUGCUCUAUUGGCAUCGUCUAAACACAUGAUGCCCAAUUACCGUUUGGGCAGUUUUUGUGAAGCAAUCAGUUAAUGUUAAUGCACAGUCUGCACCAAUCUCCACGUCGACUAUGUACAGGCAGGGGUAUCACCGUCCACCCAAAACCAAUCACCCUCACCUUCACAUCGCCACCAUUACGAAUGAACUUCGUCGGCUUCACCACACAAAUCCGCCAAUUCAACUAUUCAAUAUUCACUCGUCUCUCGUCCAUACUCUCUCUCGAAUUAUUCCGCGAGUACUGGCCCCCCGUCCGGCCAUGACAAUGCCGUUAGAAUAGCACCGACAUAACAACCCAACCACCCAACAUCAACGGCGGUCUGAACCACAUCCAUGGCUUCCAGCGACCUCCCCCUUGCCGCCCUGACCCUCAUCCUCGCGGCCCUCGCCCUCUCCAUCCUCGUCAUCGCCCAAACAACCACCUCCUACACCUCCGCCUACCUCUCCGCCCCUCUCGAGCUCCCCACCUUCCUCGACGCCGCCGACUUCUCCAUCCAGGAGAACGAAUCCUACGACCGCGACAUCGCGCGCGUCCCCCGCCUCGAGGACAAGAUCCGCCUCAACCGGCUCCUGCGCGAGAUCCAGAAAUGCGGCGACGACCUCCGCGAGGACCUCAACCGGCUUCUCAUCGGCGAGUCGGGGACGCGGUUGCGCGCCAGCGCGCGCCUGCUGUGGGCGUCCAACAGGCUGCAGCUGGAGCAGCGCGUGAGGCGGCUUGAUCUGCUGCGCACGCGCUUCCUGGUGCUGUAUAUGGGGCUGCUUGCGCAGGGGUCAGUGGUGCCGGAUAAGCCUGUUGUGGAGAAGAGCCCGGAGAGGAGCGUGCCGAAGAUGGCGUUGAGGCCACAUCUGCAUCAUGCGCUUACGGAGGGGAUUGUGCGGAAGCCGCCGCUGAGGAGGCUGACGACGCAGGCGAUGGGGCAUAGCAAUACGCAUAUUGGAGGGGCGCAGAAGAUGGGCUGGGCGAGCGUGGUGAAUGAGCUCCAGAUGAGCCCGUUGAUGCAUAAGAGGCAUGCGAGUAUUGAUGCGGCGAUGGCGAAUCCGCCUUGAGUGGGGAGAAUGGGGAACUGAUCUAAUGGCGUUUUAAGGGAUGUUUUUUCCGGAGAGAAGAUCCAGGAGCAGAGGCCAGGAGUUGAAUUGGCUAUACCACCCGAUUCGGGAACGCAAGGGACGAGUAGUGCCCACAACCACGCAAGGACGAAGACCUAGACCACGUACCGUGGAAACGAACAGCUAUAUGAAGACUUUCGGCAUUUCUAGCAUUUACAAGGGCGCAGAAGAGGUCGGGACUACGUGUCCUUGUAAGACGAGAACUGUCCACGACAUCACGGUGUACGAGUUACGUUCAUGAUAGAUGAGCAGAUGAGCAUAUGAGCAGAACAGAAGUUUGGAGUAUCCGGGCGGGGCCACAAGUGGCGAUAUAUACCCAUUUCUAACAUUUAUGAGCGAGCAGGAAUGAUUCGAUUCAAUGUAGAUAGAAACAUUUAUACUUAAUUCAAUCCAUUUAACGAAGAAAUGCUUAAACCAA